AUGUCGACCUCCUCGCGACGCUCCUUCACGCCCAAUCGUCGCGUCAAGAGCAGCAGCAGGGACAUAGCGCGAAGCAGAGCAUCUUCGCGGGCUGCUUUACGCCCCCAGCAUUUCGUUGUCGAGCAUGAAGAGGCUCGCAGCUUCGCCCUUCGUACCGCCUACCUUCACUACCUCUUGCAGCCAAGAGCAAAACGGAAGCAAUAUGUCCCCGCACCAAAGCCGCCCGCUCGAUCUCACUCGAGCGUUGGUCAGCUCGUUCAAGAAUACAUCUCGGGAAACUCAACCAGCUUGAAGCUGCCGAGCGGCUUCCCGACCCAGCUUCUGGAUCGAGUCGGCGGCGUGGUCCGGGGCAGCGAACCCCUCCCUGGCUUCAGCGAUGCUGCUGUCAAACGAAGCUUCGCCGAAGCAUACACGGCCUUCUCCGAGAAGAACUUCCGCAGGACUAUCGAAAAGGAGAGGAAGUUUGAGCCUCUGGUCUUGAUGUUUUAUUCAUCUGCCACCAAGGCAGCCCAGAAGGGCAAGGCUCCCGACGACGAUUCAUGGAAGCUCCUUCCGGACCGUCAUCUUGCAAUGUUUGUGAGGCUUGCCACAAACAUCUUGCGAGAGCAUGGACAUGAUCGAGACCGUGCCGACUUGCUAUCAAGACUGACGUCUUUGGAAAAGAAGCUGUUGACCAAUGACCAAAACUUGGUCGACAGUGCCCAGGACGGCAAGGGGAAAACCAUUGAAGUAGUCGUGCCCCUGAGCUACGACGUCAAGGACAUGCCCAUGGUGCAGGUGGUUGCAGCCAUCUUUGGUAUGAGUCUAUCCGAGGUUCAGUCCGAGAUCAAUCAACAUCGCCAAACUUGGACAGAAGAAGCUGCGCUCAAGGAUCUCAAGUCGUAUCAGCAUAGGCUAAACACCACCAUGGCCGGCGCGCUGAGAAGCCAGGACUUUGACGUCGAGGAUGCCUUUGUUGAGUGGAAGAAGUCAGAAUCGCCUCAUUUGUCACAAAUGAUGCUCGAUAUCUUGACAGCAAGGCCAGAGCUGGCCAAGACUUCGUCAAGCAGUUAUGAAAAGCAGCUGCCCAGUCGGCCACAGUCUAUGAUUGGUACUGACCAGGCCUACGCCGACCUCAGUCGUGUCAUAUCCGCAGCAGAUGGUGGGAUAAACGCUUUCGAUCCAGCCGUCAGUCUAGCAAAUCUGUCAAUUGGUUGUGAACCAGGCAGCAUUCGAGCCGUUGAAGAGACGAUAUAUACAUUCAUCCCCCCUGAGCCCAGGGAAUUUUACAAGUACAUCUUACAACACGCCGUCACCUUUGAUCAACUGCAUGCAGAUCCCGCAUUAGAGUACAAACCACUCUCCAAGCAGUCCGUCGACCUUCUGACAGAGCUCUGUGUCCGUUGGCGCAUCCCACAAUUUUCACGCUUGAUUGCCCUGCUGGAGGUUGCCGCUCGCAAGUUCCUGGACCAGGAAAUCGUUCCUGAAGAGCUGGAUGCCAUCUUUGACUUUGUUAAGUCCCCGAUGCCGGAGGUCAGGAAACCACCUCACAUCACACAUUACGCAACCCCAUUGAGUGACAUCGAAACCAGCCGAUGGACCAUGCAUGAUUUCGCAGUCUACCAGCAAACUUUUCACAGCUUGCAUGACGCGCUGUUGCGAGAACUGUAUGAACUCAUGGAGCAGUGUUACGACUCCAAGCCCCCCAACAUUGCAGCCGUCAUGUUCCUGCUUGAGAACCAUAUUGGUGGCGACCCAAUGUUCUCUCCGCGGCCCAAUGCUCUGGCUGGAUUUUCAGAACAUCUUGCCCAGGGACUGUGCCAAAGAGCAGCUGACGUCUACCGAGACUAUAUGCAAAAGGAGAUACCAGCCCAUAAAGAGGAAUGGGACUUUGCUCAUGUGAUCCAGUUGGGCAAGUCAGUGACCAAACUGUGUGACCGGAUUCGCAAGCGGUACAAGAAUAAUAUGGAGAUAAUGGGGGUGAAUCCUCUAUCGAUUCUUGUCCAAGAGGUGUUCCCCAGCUUUGAGAAAGACGCGGUGGCUAUUAUCGAGACGAUUAUGAGAGGCGCAGACGAGGUCGGUGAGGAGCUUCCUAUCCGAGAUGGAUUUGACUUGUACAAAGAGUUGGUCGCGAUUCGUCGCAUCCACGUUGAGUCACUUGAUGGUGUGCCAUUUGAGUUUGAUAUCGAAGAUAUUCUUGUAGAAUUUGUAUGGCGCUUCAUCCGCGCCGCAGAGGAAAAGGUCAAUGGCUACGUUGACGAAGCCAUUAAGAAGGACGAGUUUCGGGUCCGGGCUCAGGGCGCAGAACAAAUUCCGCUUGACUCAGAGCGACAUAGUGUGUCUGUGAUCGAUCUUUUCAGGAUUCUAAACCAGACGGUGGACCAGGUGGUCAGCUUGGGGUGGAAUAAUGAUGAACAUUAUGCACGAUUCAUGACAUCGCUUGCACGAACUGUUGCUACGGCUGUCGGUCGAUAUUGCGAGGUUGUUGAGCAAAGGUUUGCGAAAGAAAUGGACCGUCCAUCGGCGGAGGAGGUUGCCGCCCAGAGCAGAACUACACAGGAGAAAUGGAUGCAGUACGCGAAGGACGCUUGGAGCAAUAAGGAGAAGAUUGAACCCUUUCAAUUUUAUGCCGAGUCCUUUGUGAAGCUAAAUAAUGUCGAAUUCGCCAUGCAAGAGCUGGAUAAGCUGGAGAAGAGCAUGAACUCGGAAGCGUGUGCCACGCUCCUCGAGAAAAUUGACGGCCCUAAGAAGAAGGUUCGCAAACCAAGCAAGUACACCUUCACAAUUAAGGUUGUGGAGGCGGAGGAUCUCAAGGCCUGUGAUGCGAAUGGACUCAGCGACCCUUAUGUCGUCUUUGGCGAUGAAUACCAGAAGCGACUACACAAAACGCGCAUCAUUUAUAAAAAUCUCAACCCCCGUUGGGACGAGUCGUUUGAUAUCACGGUUCAGGGACCAGUGAAUGUUAUUGCCACAAUCUGGGACUACGAUACUUUCGGCGAUCACGACUACGUUGGGCGCACAUCACUUAAGCUGGAUCCAGUGCACUUUGGCGACUAUCUUCCCCGAGAGUUUUGGCUAGACUUGGACUCUCAAGGCCGGCUUCUUAUCAGAGUCAGCAUGGAAGGGGAACGAGAUGAUAUUGAGUUCCAUUUUGGCAAGGCCUUCCGUCAUCUCAAGAGAACGGAAAGGGACAUGCUCACACAACAAAUUAAUGAUACGUUGUCUCUGGAGACGCUGCGAAAUCUCUUGGGCAUAGGUGGGAUUGGGGCUUCAAUGACCAGUCUAUGGAAGAAGCGAGCCUCAACUGCAGCUGCAGUCACACCAAGCCAGAUUGAGGGUGCGCUAGCUCGUCUGUUCACGUAUUUUGACGAGAACUUUGCCAUCAUGAAGCAGACGUUGACCGACGCGACUAUGAUAGCAGUCAUGACGAGGUUGUGGAAGGAAGUCCUCAUGACGAUUGAAAACUUACUGGUCCCUCCCAUGUCUGAUAAGCCAUCGGCCAAGAAGCCUCUAAGCCGGAGGGAGCUAGAUGUUGUGUAUUAUUGGCUAGAGAUGCUUUUCAACUUCUUUAAUGCCAGGGACGAGCAAUCCGGUGAACAGUUGGGUGUGCCUGCUGAGGUGCUCAAAUCGCCUAAGUGGCACGAGCUUGCGUCUCUGAAUUUCUUCUACUUUGAGGACAGUGGCAACUUGAUACGAGAAUCAGAACGGAUGGCGUCGGCCACGGCACAGCGAGCACAACAAGCGCUGCUGCAGCAGGCACCGCAGCAGAACCGCAUGUCCGCUCCGGCUAGUUUCGGGGCGUCGUUUGGCGGUGCUGGCGCAUUCGCAAGCAUGGGCACCAUCAGGCGCGGGAAGAGCAUCAUGAUGAAUCGCAACUUGGGCACGAUGCGGAAAGCCAAGGAGGCCAAGCGACGCGAGGCCCAGGCCGAUCCCAGCGACGACAUGAUCUUGCGUAUUCUCAGAAUGCGACCUGAAGCGGCAAAGUAUCUGAAAGAGCGGCAUCGCCAACGGGAACGCCAAGCGGCGACGGUGGCAGCGGCGCUCAUUGUGAGGAAUAGUGUCAGCCAGGGGUGGCAGACUGGAGGAGCGUUUGGCGCAGGGCAGUUUGGAAGAAGCAACUUACCUAGGAGGUAG